AAGUUGUUGAGGUGCUUUUCGAAGAAGUGAAUCGAAGCACAAGAAGCAAAAGAACGACAUGCAAAUGCGGAUUGCGGGCACAGGAUUAUUGUGUGGUUUUCUCCCGUUAUCCGUGUCCUUAUUCGGUGGUUCCGAUGGCGCGCCCCACUCGGCGAUCGGUCGAUAAACGCUUGAGAAAAUGUGCGUUAUCUGUGUGGUGGUGGUGCGUGUUGUUUGCUCAGCAGAAACUGUGCGAGCAUCUCGGUAUGAGUCUCGGUCGACGCGGGUCGUUGUACUGGCAUGUAUAAUAUCGUUAGAAUGUUCUUUAUUGGAAUGCGAUUUCUUGACGACGGGACAACGGGUGUCCUCCUUUUUUGUUGUUCCCAUCCCAUUGGUGGUUCACCGCAAAGUGCUUUAUCGUCUUCUUCUCAUCGUCCCUGUAAAUGGGUUGCAGAAGGCAGUGAGGUUGUACAUCACCAAAGUUUGAUCGUAUUCACGUAUUCUGCUCCCUCUGUCCGUGUAUAGCUGUGUGUGCUUAUGGGCCAAAUCACAAUAAAAGAUACGACACUUAAUGGCAGGUAAUGCCGUUUUUUAUGAUUGCUACAUUCCAACGAACAUUUGAACCUUCUGCUUCGUUUUCUUCCUUCCUUCGAGCGAAGGCUCCACAUCGUCGAUAUGCAGCCAGCCUGCGUUUGGUGAAUUUCCUUUCGAGUUGGUGCUCCCUUCGUGAUGGCGUCAUCAGCGAAAGGAAAAAGAGAACGAAACAAACCGACCCGAAGCCGCCCCGUGUCGCCGUCUGUGAGUGCACGUGCACCCGGCACUCGCGCAGACCUUGAGAAAAUCGCUAUCGACAGCUGUUGUAAAUUACUGCUCGAUGGAUGAUGGCGGCGUCCGUCCGGCACCCUUCCAGUGCUUGCGUGUGAGUGUUUCAACACACACGCACACACACAUGAACACGGCAGCAUAAAAACACAUGCGCUUCGAGGCAAAAAGGAAAAAACAUACAGUCGGCAUAUCUUUUAGUGCCAGAGAAGCUUUCCCAGCGCCUGCCUUGUUAUUGCUAUUGGUCUAGCACAACCGGAUCCAUCUUGUCCUUCCGUGUGGCACACGCGAGAGCGAGAGAGCGCGCGAACCAACCAUCCUGACUCUCUUCCUCUCCCCACUAUUCCGGUAAAGAAGCACAGGGGAUACCCGAGACCUCCUUCCCGUGUACGAAAGGGAAAGGGAAUGUUUCGGUGGCGGCAUCCGUUUCGAAACCCGUUGGAAUGUGCUCUGUGAGGCAACGUUUUCCUUUGGGACAUGCGCACUAGCACGCGCUGAAGGAAGGGGGGAGUCCUCAUUCUUGUGCGGUAGUGACGGGGGGGAGAUGGGUCGGUGUGAUGAACUUGCUGUCGUAGAGAAAAACCAUACCUCCCUUGGAAUUGAGUUUUGGAGCGAGGUUUCGAGUGGUUUGGGGGGGGGAUUGCCGGAGCAGAACCUUAGGCCGUCGCCAGUGUCUGCGUGUUUAUGCCAGGAGUUUGUUGAUUUCAUUUAUGCCCAUUUCCUGCUGGAUGAUUUCUGAAAGCAGCAUCGCGAGCAUCGCUGGAAGACGACGGCGACGACACCACGCGCUCUCUCUAGACACUGGCUAAGGUACCACCGAGGUCGCGACUUCCGCUUGACAUUGGAUGGGAUUUGUGUUGUGCAGUGGUGGUGGCAGGAUUUAAAUGGAGUUGGUUCAGGUUCCAUAUCGAGACGCAUCGUAAAUUUUGUGAAAGUAGAGUUUUUUGUUGUGUAGAAGAAAGAUCCUUUGGAGUCUUCUGCAGAAGUAACAAUUAGUCUGAUUACUGGAAUGCGCAUUCCCUGUCUGUGUGUGUUUUUUUUUCUCUCUCUUUCCUAUUCCUCUGCUGAAGUCUCGUGCCAAAAUGAGAUGAUGUCAGCCGAAGGGAAUGAAGAAAAUGACGACUUAUCGUAUGUUUUUGUAUGUUGUGCUGCAAGGGUGGAAUUACGCUAAUUAGCGAUUACUGCAUCGCACGGAUUAUGCCUUGGUUCGUCGUUAGCAGUAAAUCGUGAUCAGUAGCUGCGGGAAUUCCGUAGUAAUUGGUCGAUUUAACAACACAAUCGAAGUCUUUUAUUUGUUGUGUAAUCGUACCGUGCCUAUAUGACGCAAGCUGCCUACCACACACGACAAAGAGCUUAGGUUUUAGAACAACAAUAAUAGAACGAUUGUUCUAAGUAAGAAGCUCUCAAAGAACUCUCAAAUGUUCUUUUUGAUAUUUGAUUGAGUUUUUUUACUUAUUUUUUUAUUUUUUUCAAUGGAUUUGUUUUUAGUCCCUUUUUGUCGUGAUUUAGGUUCAGUCAAGUGCCAAACAAAAGUUAUUAUUAACCAAUGACGACAGUUUCCAAUGUUUGGUAGGCCUCGGAGUCGUUAUAUUCGCAUAUGUUUGACCUCCAAAAAGUUUGUCGUAAAAUUCCAACUCCCAAAACGGCGGUACCUCAACGCUCCCAGUUCAUCUCCAACACUCCUAGCAGUUCUCUUGUAGACUGUAGCCAGCACUGCCUGCCAAAGACACGGGUUUUGCGCGUGAAAUGGUGCGAACCGUUAGAAAGGUGUUUUUCUCGCUCUUUCUGUGCAGAAUGCUCCCUCCGGGGAGAGCGUGUACCCCAUAAAACAUAAUUCCGUAACGUAUCAUAAAUCGUUUAUCGCAGCAGCCCAGGCCAGACCAUCGCUUCCCUUCCUCCCGGGGUCUCGGAUAUCUUGAGGUGCAGGAGCAUCGGCUGUUUUUAGGUCAAGGAUGAUGGGGAAAAUUUACUGUCGAGAAUGAAAUUUGAUCUCCCCCUGUUCUCAAGUGGGUGAUGGUUGUGGUGAUUCAGACCACGGAGUGUCUGUGUGUGUGUGUUUAUUGCAUGCCACACAGGAGAGUUUGCAAACUGACCCAGACGAAAUGGACAACGACUUCAAUUACACUCUCCCCCCCUUCAUGUGCGGGACGUGAUAGAGGGAGGGGAGAUGUUUUGCUCUUUUUGCACAGUCCCAGGAGUGCCAGUAGUAGUAAUGUUGUGCCCCAUUUUUAUUGGACAAAGUAGAGCGCAAAAAUCUGCCCCAAAGACGACGGGGAGACGCGUUGCGAUGUUUACACGAGGAAAUGGCCCGUUCAAUUGAGAGUUGGAGAGCGAUUUCGCAAGAAAUAAACAUGAUCCAAGUGGGCCGGGGAUCGCUUACAACUUUGAUUGUAAUCGCUUUGGGCUUAAUUGAAAGCAUCAAAGCUCUGCAUUGACCGGGAGGGGGAAUUCUAGGACGUCUUUGGAAUUCCCGCUUACGGCAAGAAGAACAAAUAAGAGUUCGCUUACAAUGAAAUGGAUUUCCUUCAAACAACUUUCUCAAAAUGUAUUAACUAGCCGGUGAAACUUUCCCACCGGGCUUGACACGAAUGGGAAACUUCCUUUUCGCACACAGUUUGUGCGUCCGUUUGGAUGGUGCUGCUACCGGCAAUAAAUCACAACUUGUCCGCUGUAAAUAAUCGAUCCAAGAAGCGCGACAUUUCGUGACGAUUUUUGUUCUCAGCAGCACGGCAAAAGGGCAGCUGCGAAAACUGCGAGUCACGAAUACGGCCGUUCAUCGCGUGGCGUCCCCAUUUGGGAAGGGGAUUUGAUUGGUUUUCCAAUAAGCUGUGAGAGGUUCUACACACACACCCGAGAGCUGUGCGCUGUGGUUGUGCUGCGGAUUUUCGAUGAUCCAUCUUGUGCAUCAUCAUCAUCAUCAUCAACGCUGCCGCCGCCGCCGUCGUGCUGCAUACCUACCAUAUACCGUGUUAGUAGUGUGCAUUGGAAAAGCGCAUGUGGUCGCAGCCCCAAGCCCCAAUGCAGUACUCGCAGUACGAUGUGUGUGUGCUUGUGUGGUGCAUAGGGUUGAAUUUUGGAGCAGCAAUGGCAAACGGCUUUUGACGCUGGGUGUGUGUAAUGCACACGAUAUCAUAAACCGCACGGGCGCAGCAGAGGGGCCAACAUUUUGACGUUCUUUUUUUAGUUUUUAGUUUUUUUUUUUAAAAAGGAUAGAAUCGGAGCUAGGUACUGCGUUUACUCUGGCCUGUAUGCCUUUCGUGAUUACACCUUUUCGUGACUGUGGUUUAGGGUUAUAUAGGUUUUCAACUGCAACCACAGUUUAAGCUGCUUCUCCCCCCAUUUUGGAUGAUGUUUGGCCUUUGCCGGGAAAGGUGAAAAAGAAAAGAAAAACCCUCCCUUCCCGCAGUAAGUUACUUAAACCCUCUGUGUGUGUGUUUUGUUGCGGGUUCCGGUGUCGGAAAAGUUUUCAGUAACAUGUAACAGCCUUUCGGUAUUAACUUUCGACAUUGUAUGAUGCCGAUGGUUGUUACUACCGGCGCGCGGUUCAGUGUGUUCGGGUGUGGUUAGGUUAUUCAAAAACCACAUCCUUGGUUACGCUUUUCACAAACCAGUUAUUUAAAAGAGCGUUAGUCUAACCAAACGAUUAACGGAGAGAUUUAACGGAGGUCCUAGCAGCUCCUGAAUGCAAAUGGAAUUUUUGUUUGUAAUGUUGGAUCACAUUGAUAUGAAAAAAGACUUGACAUAGCUUUUUGGAUCCAUUUUUUGCACUUUAUAGGAAGCAUCAACUUGCACAAGCUGUCAACGUAUUUGUUAAUAGAAAGCCCUUUUUUGGGGGCGAGCUUGCAGUGCUGCAAAAUGUCAUGAGUAUCACGAGAUUUUCACCAACGAAAACAAUGAACAUAUCCGUAGCUUGAUGCUCAUUGAUGAUACUCAAUCAAAGUGCGUCAUAAUCAUGAUUUUUUCUGGCUACCAAAUGCCACUGUUUCAGUCACCAACACUCAUGACUGAAACGAAGCUCAAAUCAGCUCACUCACACAACUGAGAAGAUCAGUGAUGAGACUCAAACAGUUGGAGAAUCAAUCACAUGCUUCUGAUCAUCACAUCUGAUCAUCACAGUAGAGCGUCUCGUGACGCUGACAUGAUUUUGUUUCAGCCAGAAAUUGUCAUGACUAUGUCAGUCAGACAUUUUGCACAACUGAUCACAACAAAAAAGUCAUGACAUAGUCACUGACCCAACGAUGGUCGCAAAAAUGUCAUGAAGCAUGUAUUGGUCACACCAACCGUUUUGAGUAUCACCUCUGAUUAUCUCAAUUGAGUACGUGACGCUGAUAUAGAUUUUGUUUCAGUCAGAUUUUUUUCAUGACAUUGACAGUGACAUUUUGCAGCACUGCGAGCUUGUUUUAUUUAUUGCUUCUCCUCCACUCAGCUCAUAAACAGCUUUGAUUGCAUUCGAGAGAAGGGGCACGUUGUUUCCCGAGUGCCAUGUUUUAUUCAUCCAACACAGCCAGCCAACCCGGUGCAAAAGCGCCUACUGUGUUGUUUUGCAUCUCAUCAUCUUCGGGGGGUGGUGGUGGCACAUUAGAAAAUGCGUUGCCGCAGCCGCCCACACCCGCCGUACACAUCCACACGCUGUGUUACCCAAAACAAACAAGCCUCUCUCGCCGCUCUGUGACUGUGUGUGUGUGUGCGCUUUGUUUUUGAUUAAGGAUGGGUGUAGAGAGAUGUACUCUGGGUUGAUGCUUUAUUUUCCUGUCGUCCCUUCAAAAGUUAAUCACCCUCUGGCGGCGGCCUCGUCCGUUGGUAACGAUGGCGACGGUCAAGCUUAAUCUAUCUUUGGAGGUGCUGGUUCGUUCGGGGGUGCUCUGAUGGUGUGCUUGGAAUUGUGUUAUUUUCUUCCAUGUGCUUUUGAUUGCUUUUAAGCUUUCUAUUGAGAAAAGACCUUUCUCCAGCAGGUGGGUGUGAGCAACGCGUUGUCGUUUUUUAAGGGUGGGUGGCUCUUUGCAAAGAAUGAAGGGAGAUUGUGAUGCUUUUGGAACGAGAAAAGAAGGUAGUGCGUGCUGUGGGAGGGCUACAUUUUAAGAAGCAAUUUUUCAUAGGAAAGGAUUUUAUGCUAUGUUGGCGUGUUUUCUUACAGUGCGUCAGAGUUCUUGGAAGGAUGGAAAGUUCAUGGCAAAAGAAAAAGAUCGUUCAAAAAUAGCUACCCCUUUUAGUAUGGAUUAGUUCAAUGUGCUCUUUGGGUAUUCUACGAGACGAGAAGGAUGUUAUGUGCAUUAGUUUUGUGCAGUGAAGAAAAUUUGCACAUUUUGUACAUGUUUCAAACAGAAACAAAAGCGCCAACACAGAUACCGUUGCUGCCCCCCUUGCUUUCGGACUAAAUGCGAUAUUAUGCCCUAGCGAAACUAACAACACUUGAACCACACAUCUAUUUGUAGGUGAGCAAUCAGUGCGUCUGAAAGAAGAAAAGACCAUCCCGAAAAGAGAAAGAAACCAAAUCAAAGGGUGUACACGGCACGGUGUACGACGAUUGUGAAGAAUUAUUUGCAAUCAAAUUCAGUGCCUCUCUCAAACAGAAUCAAAUACAAGCAAGCAAGCAAACAGUGGAAUCCGUUCAAUUUUCAACCACACCCUCUAGCACACGCCCAGCAAAGCCUGACAAAAGUCCUUGAAGCGAGCAGCAAUAAACCGAGCAGUGCGUGCGUGGGUGGUGAAGUCGUCCAGGGAGCCAUCGUCAUCGUAUACGUCCUAGGAGGAGUCACUGAGGCGCAAUCGCCCACACAGAAUUGCUUAAUCCUCCGCAGGAACCAAGAAUAACGCAAUAGCAGCAGCAGCAGCAGUGCUUCCGUUCGACUGAGAGCUUUAAAAUACGCACACACACACCACAAGAGACACACCCACAAAAACGGGGUGGGCUGCAUUCGAUCUGUGAACCACUGAUAGUGACAGUGUGUGAGAAUACCUGCAUAGCCGGAAUCAUAAAUCCAAUCAACCGACGGUCUGAGACGGGGCCUAUAGGAUACAUACAUAGAGGAAUAUAUUUUGAAUUGCGUUGUAUGUAUGUGCCUGAAGGAAGCAAAAGUGCACUACUCUUCUGUCAUACCUCAAGAACGCUUUACUUCUACCACACUACCCAGAGAGAUAGGAAACGUUUAUUUUUUCACCGAUAGUAUCUGACAAGUUCCUACGCGGCGGCGGAAGCCAUUUAUAAGCGCGCGUUUGCUGCUGCUUUCUCUCGAAUGAAGACAUAAAAAUUCAAAUUCCUCAAACCCAUAGAAGAAGAGAGCACAAGAGCGCGUGAGUCAAGCUCGGGGCAAUUGUGUGGACACGUUUUGCAAAAAGCGUCAAUAAUCGGCCACCGCGUUGCCGCAAUUCCGUCCGUGUCCGGUUCGCGGUUGAUUGACGCCGACGCGUCGGAAGUAAAUGCGUACAUUUGUGCGGGUCGGGUUGUCCAUUGUACGUUACUGUGUGUCAGCUCUACAACCUGUCUCUCACGUCGCCACACGAGCUCAACCGGCGCGAAGAUUCGGUGAUUGCGAUCAGCCGCAGCAGCGCGCAUGGUGUUUAAAUUUAGCAGCUUCCCGCACGGCACAACCUAAGGGACGGAUAUAUCCGCGCACAAACCCCGGUACUGUGUGUGUGUGUGUUUGACUGUAUUGGCGGCUCGUGUUUAACACCUCUCACCCCCAGUGUGACAGAGUGAGAGCGCUUUUUAAACAAGACGAACCCCGAAAAUCACGCCGUUGGCUGAUGGGCAGCAGAUCGGAUUUUGCUGAAGGUUGCUGAUUCGCAAAGUACACUUAGAAGCUUACGUGGAAAGAGAGAGAGAGAGAGCAAAUUGUGCUCCCGAAGUAGAAGGAAGUCAAGAAUCCAGCCUACCAUACUCUAAUCUAUAUCUAUAGACUACACUCCACACACACACACUUCGCGUUAAAUGAGCCCGAGUCGGUGCCAUUAUUGUUAUCACUGUUGUUGUUGCGGUAGCGGAAGUCGGAAUCGAGUCGUCAGUACCGGCAGCGGACGGAUCGGUGGCACAGGUCCGCUCGGCUGGAUGCAGCUCUGGCAGCGCAAGGUAGCGAUCGCUGGCAGUAGGGAAAAGUUUGCCGAUUAACGUCCGCCAGGCGAAAGCAGCAGCGAAAAAGGGUCAAUUCCGUGGACAGGCGAGCAAGGCUAACGUGGUACGGGAACGGUAUAGUACAAGUGAGGAUGGAGGAGCAUUCGGCAAAGUUUUUGGGUGCAGCGGCAGCAGCAGCGGCGGCGGGUGAUGCCAGCACGAAGUUGUCUCACAUGGGUGGGGCGUCGGCGGCGGCAGUGGCCGUUCCUGCGAGCCAGCAGCUGCGACCCGGAACCGGGAAUGCAAGUGAUGCGGAAGUCUGUGAUAGAAGUAACGUGGUUACUAUGGAUGAGUUGGGAGCGAUCUUACCGCCUGCCGGCGGCGAGCCGGUAGAGGACAGCUGUACCGAUACGGACGAUCAGAAUAGCAAUUAUCUAAGCAUUAGCAACAGUCGCAGCAGCAGCUGCUUCGACCUACCCGGCGAAUGUUCGCCGAUGAUGGGCCCGGCAAGAUUGAAGCCGGUGUCGCCGGAGGAGGAGAGCCUGCGGAUGACACUUGUAAACGAGCGGUACAUACAGUCGGGACAGAUGGGGGUGGUUCUGACACCGGGCGAGCUGCUGGGUGAAGGUAGCAAAGAAUCCGGCCCAAAGCCACGGCUCGAUGACGAAGAGGAGGAGGACGAUGAGGAUGAGGAUGAGGAUUCGUCCAUGCUAACACAUUCGGCCGCAACGACGGCAACCGUGUCGUCCAACAAGUCCCGCAUACUGGUGGUGGGUGGAACGGACCAGCAACCCGGUUGUUCCAAUGGCAGCAGCAGCAGCAGCAGCAGAGUGCCGGAAGCUGGCGUGUGUUGCAACAUAGUUGACAAUCCGGUCAGCGAAACAGCGGGUGGCAACAGCACGGUGGUCGACAUCGGAAGUACGGGUAAUGCACAGGACGGUAAUGUACGCGCAGCAGCAGUAGCCCCGUCCGGAGCGACAGCUAACGGAGCGGUCGGCAACCCGCACAGCCGGGUCACGACGACACCGUCGAACUUGAGUAAUUGCAGUGGCCUACCGACCGUCACCGUGGUGCAGCUGAAACAGAGCAAAAAUCUCAUCUACUUCCUGCGAUUGAUCUUCAAUCACUGUAAGAGCUCCGGUAUAGGAGAGCCGAGCGUUUAUCAUGCCUUAGUAGUCAUAUUUUUGGAAUUUUUCGCCUGGGGACUGUUAACGAUGCCGGUCAUCAAUGUCCUCAAUCAAACCUUUCCAGAUCACACCUUCCUAAUGAACGGGUUGGUGAUGGGCAUCAAGGGCAUACUGUCCUUCCUGAGCGCUCCACUGAUUGGCGCACUGUCGGACGUGUGGGGCAGGAAGUUCUUCCUGCUAAUUACGGUGUUCUUCACCUGCGCUCCGAUCCCUCUGAUGUCGAUCAACUCUUGGUGGUUCUUUGCAAUGAUCUCAAUCAGUGGCGUGUUCGCGGUAACGUUUUCCGUCGUGUUCGCGUACGUCGCGGACGUGACGACGGUGGAAGACCGGUCACGGGCGUACGGUUUGGUGUCAGCCACGUUUGCCGCUAGUUUGGUUAUUUCACCUGCCCUCGGAGCCUACCUGAACGACAAAUACUCGGAACCGCUAAUCGUUGCCCUUGCCACUGCAAUCGCGGUGCUGGAUGUGUUCUUCAUACUGGUGGCGGUGCCGGAAAGCUUACCGGAAAAGGUGCGUCCCAGCUCGUGGGGUGCACCGAUCAGCUGGGAACAGGCAGAUCCGUUUGCGGCACUUCGUAAAGUUGGUCUGGAUCAAACGAUUCUGAUGCAGUGUGUUACGGUGCUGCUCUCCUAUCUGCCCGAAGCGGGACAAUAUUCGUGCAUUUUCGUCUACCUGAAACUGAAAAUGCAUUUCAGCUCGAUCGAUGUAUCGAUCUUUAUUGCUGUCGUCGGUAUACUAAGUAUACUGACGCAGGUCAUCCUAGGUGAUCUAAUGAAGGCACUUGGUGCAAAGCGUACAAUAAUAAUAGGAUUACUGUUCGAAAUGUUACAACUGCUUUGGUAUGGUUUUGGCAGUCAGACAUGGAUGAUGUGGGCAGCAGGUAUCCUUGCUUCAUUAGCGUCAAUUACGUACCCGGCGAUCAGUGCAUUCGUGUCGAUACAUUCCAACCCGGACCAACAGGGAGUGGUCCAGGGUAUGGUGACAGGAAUGCGCGGCUUGUGCAACGGGCUGGGGCCCGCAAUGUUCGGCGUCAUCUUCUACGUGUUUCACGUCGACCUGAACGACGAGCAUAAUGUAGCGAGCCACAGCCUGAACGGGGCCGCCAUCGGGGCGGUAGCGGGCGGUGGCGUUUUCGACGGCUCCGACGCCAAGUUCGUGCGCAACGAGACGCUGCUCGGUGGCUCGGUGCACCAUCACAUCGAGGACGAGUACUCGCAGCUCAUGCCGGGCCCGCCGUUCGUGUUCGGAGCACUCAUGGUUAUCUGUGCGAUCGCCGUGGCGGCCUUCAUACCGGAGACGCCGAGCGACACCAUGCGGCGGCCAUCGGGUGAGAAGAAAAGGCUCUCGUUGGACGUCGAUUACGAGUACGAGCGUGGGCGUAAAGUAGCGGGCCCACUAUCACCACUGAUGCACCAGGACUCGGCCCAGCUAUAGUUGUGUUAAAAAGAGAUAAGAGAAAGCCCACAGCUUAGCUCGACAUAAUCCUAAUAUCGGCGUCAUCAUUAGUUUGUACAAUCUCUAGUGUAAGCAAAAAUCAAAGAAGAGCCGAGCACACGGCGUGAAUGCGAUGACGAGAGCGAGCAAAAAAUGCGGUAGCGCAGGGCCAAUCUAAGGGCUGAGGUGGAGUGAUUAAACUUUCGGUUCGUGGCAGGGAAUUGUGGACCGGUAUGCAGUCGACGCGCGAAAUGUGCUGUGUAAAAUGUAUUAGUCUGUUUAUUAUUUUGUGUUUUUUGCUCCUGUGUUUCCAGCAUGAAGUUGUGGUCGAGCUGUUAGUAAGGGUAUGAAGAUUUAUAAUUCCGCUAGGAAAAGCUUCUGUUCUGUUUCCCCGCUUUUGUGGAUGAUGGUUUGAGGAUUAAUUUUAACAACAGUUACACUUUAUUUCUACUGUUUUGUAAGUGGGGGAAACACAGGUCGGUUUGCCCUCAUUUUGUCGCCCUAUUUUACAUCACGCAUAUGUGUUUCUGUUACGGUGUUGAUAUGAAAGGCAAAAGUGUGAACUUUUAGAACGAUUACACGUUUUUGUUUUUGUUGGGAUGGAAAGCUUUAAGCCGAACGCGAGCUUUCGUGGUUCGUUUCGGAGCACUUGGAACGCAUAAAACCCCUUACACCUUACCUGUAGUUGUGACACAACGAACGUACGCCAUUUUGUAGAAUUUUUCGCUCGUAGUUUGUCCAGAUAAUUCUCCACAGUCUAGUCAACAGACGGACGAACGGACGGACGGACGGACACACAAACACACUGAACAGGCGAGCGCCCAGAUAUCAUCGUCUGGGCAGCAGCGGCAGCGCCGGCGGGUGUGGGAAUUCCACUGCGCUAACUAAUCUUGCGUCAUUGGACGGUUGCGUUUGGUCAGUUUUAGUGUUGAUAGCAGCGAGUUAAAGGAACAGAGAGUUACGCACGUCUACCGUCGUCGCCGGUGUAUAUUAGGACUGAAAUGAAGGGAGGGAAAGGUUGGGCAGAGAAAACAAACAACACGUGGAGAAGAGGAGGGAGAAAGAGUAUUUUUUGUCCGUGGUUCGCUUAGUCUACGACAAGAAAACCGAGUGAUAGUAGGAUUAGAUUAUCGAUUAGGGUGGAGAAAGGGAAAGAGAAGGAAGAGGAAAUAAUCGAGCAGCUAGUGUUGUGUGCAUGUGUGUCGGACGGAGAAAACCAUCAGCAGUAGCAGCAGCAGCAGCAUGUACUAAAAAGGCUCCUACCAAUAUUAGCUUUCCUGCCGUGCCUGCUCUUUGGGUGAUAUGUUUUAAGUGUAUGCGUGUAAAAAUUAUGUUAAAAUAGUAUGUUGCCAGAAUUUAACAGACGCUAUCGUUUUUGGCUUUGAUUCGAGUUUAAUAAUCUACCUACACAGGAGGGAAGGAGGAGAUGGUUCUAAAACUCGUUUAACAUUCGUAAACAGUAUGGUUAGAGAGUUUGCUAAACGGACGUUACUCUCAGUGUGUUGUUGAGAGCAUUUUUACUUACACACACACAGACCGCAGGUAGUGAAUUUUGUAAAAGAUUUCCAUUACGCUGCUAAUACGUUACAGAGACAGAGAGAGAGAGAGUGAAAAGCGCACUUUUAAAAUACCAAUAUACACAGUACACCACACGGCGACGCCGCAAAGGAAAAAUUUGCUGAUUUACGUAUGUGUGUAUGCCGUUUAAUUGGACUCUACAUAUUGCAAGGUGGCAUCCUGUGGAGAGAAUUUAAAGAUAAUUACGCGCCAUACACCAGCACGACGGGAGCAUCUUUUUAGUGUGUAAUAUAACGCAACCAACAACUGCUGCAGCAAUUCAAAUGUACAUGUAAAAAAAGAAUGAAGAAGAAAAAUUACAAAAAAAAACAAAGUUAUAGCAGUAUCAGAAUUCAAGCAAACACAAGCCGAAAAAGGAACAUAAAUUAGCGAUUUAAUAGUGUCAUGUGUUGAUGCUCUCUUGUUACGCUGCAGAACGUCCAACAUCGAUCUAUCGAACGAGAUACGCAAACCCAACACAGACAAACACACACAAACACACUGUUAGUCCAAAGAUUAUGAAUUAACUUGAACUACUAGUGGUAGAGCGUUAGUAUUAAACAAAAAGGGCAUCAAAAACAUCCCGAGAAUGCGAGUUUUUUUUUUUUUGUAAGAUGCCAGUACGCCGACGAUAACAGAUAAACAGAAACAAAAACCAACAAUAAAUACCAACCCAAGCAUAUGUAAUGGAAAUUAACAACCCUCUUUUGUGCAUCACGCAUAAACCACGUGUGGGGCACACGUGCAAGGGGGGGAAAGUAGUAGCUCCACAAAUUGUUUUUCUUUUUUCCACCCCCAAAUUUCUCUGGGUGUGUGUGUGUAGAAAAAAGUGAGAAGAAAACGCAUAUUGCUGCGAUAAUCGAAUGCCAUUCGUUUCGUUUCAGUAGACUGCGCACAGUAGUAGCGCAAAAAACGGCGCGUUUAAAUCUCGCGUUUCUUUCUGCAUACAAGAACAAAACAAAAGCAGCAAUCGCAGCAAUCGCUGCCGGCGUUAUUGUUGUUGAACUGUUGUCUUUUUUUCCCCUUCUUAAUGUGUAAAACUCUCCCACACAUUAUUCGGCCCCCCCCCCGGGGGCCCCAGACAGACUUAAGCAUUUGCGCCCUUUUUCAUAUGGCCGCAAAGAAGCGUACGCAUCAUCAGGAAGAGAGAAUAUUUGUUGACGUAUUCCCAUAUUGCGUAUAUGCGAGUGCGUGCGUGUAGCCGUUGCGAUACGCUUUUCCAAUACGGUUACAAUUUUCAAAACUUCCUUUCCCGCCAUUUUUUGCGUUGUGUUCAUUCUUCUCACCUAGGGCAGCAUCUCGGUUUCACUUACUUACACUUACAGUACAAGUGUAAGUACGCCGAAGACGCAUAGCGAGAGUAAGCAAACAAAGAAACGGCAUUAUAACGACAAAAACAGCGAAAUCAAAGCGUUACAUACAUAUUUUUUCUCUUUCAAUUAGCUUUCUUUCCCUCUCUUUCUCUCUUUCUUUCUUUUAAAUGAUGUUGAUGCUUUCUUAGAAAGCAAAGCAAGAGAGGAUAGAGAAAGAAAACUACUUGAAAGUGAACGUAGUACACAACAGCCCCAGUUAAGUAAAUUUGUAAAUUAUAAGAGAACAAACAAAAAAACAACAUGUGAAAAGGGUGAAAAGGGCAUACGUGAAAGCGAACACAGAGAGAGAGAAAGGAGUGUGGUAAAAGUACAGAAACGAAUUCGGGUAGCAACACUAUGCAAAGUGCUGUUGUGUAAGAAAGAGAAUGAAUGUGUGUGUGUUUGAAUGAAGAGAGAAAGAGUAAAGGAAAGGAAGUUGUGCUAGGCGAAAGGUAAUAACCGUGUGAAUCGUUGAAUCGUUGUGGAUAGAGCAGAAUGGAAUAGGUAAACGAAUGAUGAAAAGGAAGGGAAAUAAAUAUUGGUAAAAUAAUUUGAACCAAAA